AUGGAAAGCAUUGAACAAAAUUCUUAUAGUUAUUAUGAUCUACAUGAAAAGAUUGCACUUGUUUCUUUAUUAAAAACUGAAAUGAAAAAACAUUCGAUAUCGAAGAAAUUUUCUGGCAAUAUUGGUUGUGCACAUAAUGAUGUACAAUUGGAAAAGAAACAAAUUAAUAUGAAUAAUAAUAAUAAUAAUAACCUAUCGAUACAACCCAUUGAUGAAUCGAAUACAUUACUUCAUUUUUAUAUAUUUAAUGCAAGUCGUGAACGUAAUAUUCAUUUAAGUAUGAAUUCAAAUGAUAAACGGUUAUUAAUUUUUUAUAAUAUUUCCCAUGGGUUAUAUAAGAAUGGGGUUCGUAAUGUAUUCUUGGUAAGUCUUUAUCAUUUAAAUACUCGUGCACCAAAAACCAGCGAUCGACAAACAUUAGUUCUUGAUGAAGAAAAACGUUUAUUUAUUCGUUUAUUCAAACAAGAUGAUACUUAUAGACAAACAAUGCGUCCAUUUCGUAUAUUAAGUGGUUCAUUACAUUAUUUUCGGAUAUUUUCGGAUUCAUGGUCAGAAAGAAUUGAAAAUAUGAAAGCGGCUGGUUUAAAUACCGUUGAAACAUUUAUUCCAUGGAAUGUACAUGAACGUGAAGUUGGAAAAUAUGAUUUUGAUGAUUUAAUUAAAUUCUUAAAAUUAGUUCACAAACAUGAAAUGUUUACAAUUAUUCGACCGUCAGCUUAUAUUGCUGCUGAAUGGGAAUUUGGUGGUUUACCAAGUUGGCUAUUGUAUGAUGGUGAAAUGGUUGUUCGUAGUUCAUAUGGUGGAUUUAUGGAACCACUUGAAAAAUAUUAUGCUGCCUUAUUACCAAUUCUUGCAAAAUAUCAAUACAAUCGUCGUAAUGGUGGUUCUAUCAUUGCAUUUCAAAUUGAACAAGAAUAUGGAAGUUAUGGUGCAGAUAAAGCCUAUCUAGAAUCACUUCGUUCAAUGUACGUUAAACAUGGUUUAGAUGAAAUACAUUUUACAGCUGAUGCACCUAGUGUUCUUGCACAAGGUACAUUAGAUGAUGUAUGGGCAACAGUUAAUUUUCAACGAGAAGUAACACAACGCGUUGAAAAAUUACUUGCAUUUCGUGCAGAUAAACAUAUUAUGGUAACUGAAUAUUGGACAGGUGGAUUUGAUCAAUGGGGUAAAAAACAUCGAACAGGUGAAAAAGGUACCUAUAGUUCAGAUGAAUUAGAAUCUGAUGUCGAAGAAAUGUUGUUAACAUCUCAAUAUGAAAUAUCAGUUAAUUUCUAUAUGUUUUGUGGUGGUACAAAUUAUGGUUUUACAUCUGGAGCAAAUCAUUUUCAGUUUAAACAUUUUACACCAACAGUUACAUCAUAUGAUUAUGAUGCACCCAUAAGUGAAUCAGGUGAUUUAAACAAAAAAUAUUAUGCAAUACGUAAUGUUAUUGGUAAAUUUUAUGAACAAAAUCCAUCAUUAAUUAUUUAUAAUCAUGAACGUACAGCACUUGAUACAUUUGAAUUAAAAGAUAUGAAAGAAAAAAAGAAAGGAUCAUAUGGAAAAAUAAGAAUAACAGAUUUUCGAAAUUUUGAUCAAGUUAUUGCUGAUAAAAGUCUAGGAACAAAAUAUGAAUCAACUGAAGGCCCAUUAUGUAUGGAAGAUUUGAAAAAAUCUGGAAUAACACAGGGUUAUAUUGUAUAUGUCAACGAUGAGAUUGAAUCAAAAAGUCAAACAAAUGAAAAACAUACUUUAUCAGUACCAGAAAUUGCAGAUAGUGCUAUAGUUUUAUCUAAUGGUGAACGAGUUUUUCGAUCAAAUCAUACUACAUAUAAGAUUGAAACGGAAAUUCCAGCGGAUACAAAAACUUUAACAAUUUUAGUUGAAAAUCUGGGACGAAUCUAUUAUGGUGUAGGUUUAGAUUAUAGUCGUAAGGGUAUUUUAAAUAAUGUCAUGCUAGAUAAUACUAUAGAAUUAAAGAAAUGGUCUAUGAUUUUAUUAGACUUUUCUAAAGGUACAUCUGGUGUGAAAGAAUGGAAUACAUUUGUCAGUAGUGAAGACAGUACAACUAGUCGUCUUUCUCAUGGUCCGAAAUUAUUUCGUGCAACAUUUACAAUUGAAGCUGGACAAUCAAUAGAAGAUACAUUUCUAUCAUUAGGAUCAAGUUGGGGUAAAGGAGUAGCAUUUAUAAAUGGUUUCAAUAUAGGAAGAUAUUGGAAUAUUGGUCCACAACAAACAUUAUUUGUUCCAAAACAAUUACUUAAGAAAGGAUUGAACUAUAUUUGUCUAUUUGAAUUAAAUCAAUAUGGACAGGAAAUCGAACUUAUUGAUAAACCACUUGUUGAUGAGGAAUAA